AAUCAUCCCUUCAAGCAAGAAAGUACAUUGAGAUUUUCAUCAUCCUUUGUCCAAAAAAGAUAAUGGCAACAUUUAAGUUUCUUACAUUUCUUAUUCUUCAGAUUUUUUGCAUCUUGAAGGGUGCUAAUUCACAAGGAGUGGAAGUAGGGUUCUACAAGAAAACAUGUCCAAAUGUGGAAGCAAUUGUCAAACAGACAACAGCUCACUACAUUUCUCGUGCUCCAACCCUAGCUGCUCCUUUGUUGAGAAUGCAUUUUCAUGAUUGUUUUGUUAGGGGAUGUGAUGGUUCAGUGCUACUGAAUUCAACAAAAGGUAACCAAGCUGAGAAAGAUGCAAUUCCAAACCAAAGCCUAAGGGGAUUCCAAGUAAUUGAUGCUGCUAAAUCUGCUUUAGAGCAAGAGUGUCCUGGCAUUGUGUCUUGCUCUGAUAUUUUAGCCUUAGCAGCCCGUGAUGCUGUUGAACUGAUUAAUGGACCAACUUGGGCAGUUCCCUUGGGAAGAAGAGAUGGGAGAGUUUCAAUUCUCUUAGAUGCCUUAAAGAAUUUGCCAACUCCUUUUGAUAACUUCACUACUCUUAAAACAACAUUUGGCUCCUUGGGCUUAAAUGUAAAAGACCUUGCUGUUUUAUCAG